AUAGACAAAUCUUUUGCUUUUUCAACCCUCGCAUCGCUCGUCAUUUUCAAAACUGGCGCAGAGAGCCCUCAAAAUCUGGAUCGACGCAAGAUCCCUUGGCACUGGGCCCCUAAAUUGCUAUCAACCUCACCUCUUCCCCUCCCUCUCUCUCCAUCCUCCUUCCUCGCUCUCUUCACAGCGCUGCUCAACACUGCUUAUUUUGAGACUCCCCCCACGCAGUCUCCAUCAUUCCCUCACCAAUUGGCUCCAAAAAUUGAAAUGGCCACCGCACCAGACCCCUCGCCGACCCCUCGCUCCACCUCCCGCACCUCCCGCCGCUCCUACCCCAACCUGCACUCCCUCUCCCUCGCCCCGCUCAGCAGCAGACACACCCUCCCGGACGACCCUUCGGCCUCCUCUUCGUCUCCCUACUCGCCCACCUCCCCAUCCCAAACACCACCACAUACCUCGUACAUAGCGCAGAAAUCUGCGCCGACGACGCCGGGCAUCCUCACCCGCGACCCCUCCGUCGGCGGCGUCCCCCGCCGCCACAACAACAACCACGUCACGUACGCCUACGACACGGGCAGCUACUUCUCGGGGCUGGACCGGCCGCGCAGGGACAUUGGCGACAUCCCCAAGGCCAAGAGCGCCGAUGGCGUGGCAUUCCGCCAUCACGGCCACGGCGUCAGUUUCGCCAACGUCGACGGCGCGGCGAGGAAGAGUAAUCACCACCAUCACGUGCGCAAGCGUACGGCGCCGGCCGCCGCUGCACGUAUCCCGCUGCGCCGACAUCACUCGGGCGGCGGCGGCGAAUCGGCGUCGGACUGGUUCCAUCGGGCGGGGCUGGCGAUUGCGGGCGAGACGCGGGAUUCCAAGGGGCAGGGGUGGUUGGUGAGUCGGGAGAGCUCGACGAGUCUGAGUGUGAGUCUGGGUGGUGUGCAGACGGCGUCGGAUGUUGUUGUUGUCGGGGCGGAUGAGUCGGCGCAGUAUGCGAAUUCGAGGAUGGGGAGCCGUGUGGGGAGUCGUGUGGGGAGUCGUGUGCCCAGCGCUGUGCAGAGUCGGAGGGGGAGCAGAGUCGAUUUACUCACUCCGUAUACUGGCAGUCGCAGCAACCGGGGUUUUGAAGUCGGCAAGGAAGAAGAAGAGGAAGAGGAAGAAGCAGACGACGACGACGCAGCUGCCCUCAACAGCUCGACGCAGCGCGGCUUCACGGAACCGGAUUUCGUGCAUUCGGACGACGAGGCGAGCGUCGGCGAUGUCGACGACGACGAGGAAGAGGUGGCGCGGUUGGCGAGGCAGCGGGGGUUCGGGCUGGGCGGGUGGAUGGAUCGGUUGAUUGGGUGGACGCUGUUCUCGGUCGAUGAGGAUGGCGAGGAGAGUACAGAGGAGGAUGGGGAUGAGAAUGACGAGUCCAAUGGGAAUGGGAACGGCAGUGAGGACGGAGCGUUGAGCAUCGAGGAGGCGAGGCUGAAGCGCGAGGUCGAGGCCAAGAGGCGGAAGAUGGAGAGGGAGGCGGUUGCAAAGGCCGUCGAGGCGAAUACGGACGAGCAGAUGAAGAGGCAUGGAGGAGUGGUCGAGGGGAAUGGAAAUGAGAUCGAGAAUGAGGAGGGUGGUGGGUGGAGGGAUGCAGCGUGGUUGUUUAGCGUCGCGACCAAGGUGAUCCUGUAACCAUCAUCAAUCAAAGCGAGAAAGCAAAGAAACGAACUGGAGGAGUUGGGAGGCAGUGUCAUCCGGGUGUCCACGGUAUCGGCAUUCUAUACAUACAAC